AUGACGAUGGUGACCUGUGAGGACGGUGAUGCCCAGUGUCAGGAGUGGGCAGUGCCCCCUGCUGCCAGCGGGACCAGCCCUUGGCGCCCUCCUGAGAUCCUGUCUGUGACACAGCCCAGAUCCCUCCUCAAGCGUCCAGGAGGGACUCAGACGCUCCAUGGAGAAGCCCCCCUCACAGCCCCCACCCAGGUAAGAAUGGGUAAUUCUUUGCAGCAUCAAGAAAAUUUGGGUCAUGACAGCCUUGAAAAUUUCAGGCUCACCAGCGACCUGGCGCCAGGAAACCAAACCCACGCCACAGCGUUCACCCUCCUGGGGCUCUCAGAAGAGGCUUCGCUGCAGCCCCUCCUCUUCUGGGCAUUCUUGGCCAUGUACUUGGUCACGGUCACUGGGAAUCUCCUCAUCAUCCUGGCCAUCGUCACGGACCCCCACCUGCACACCCCCAUGUACUUCUUCCUUGCCAACCUGUCCUUUGCCGACGUUGGCUUCACCUCCACCACCGUCCCCAAGAUGCUGCUGAACAUCCAGACACAGAACAAAGCCAUAACCUACGCGGGCUGUCUCAGCCAGGUGUUUUUCUACUUACUCUUUGGAGGACUGGACACCUUCCUCCUGACAGCCAUGGCCUAUGACCGUUUUGUGGCCAUCUGCCAUCCCCUGCACUACAUGGUCAUCAUGAACCCCCAGUUCUGUGGCCUCCUGCUUCUUGCAUCCUGGGUGUUAAGUCUUCUACAAUCUCUGUUACACAGCUUACUGGUUUUGCGACUGUCCUUUUGCUCACAGCUGCAAAUCCCUCACUUCUUCUGUGACCUGGACCAGGUGAUCCAGCUUGCCUGUUCUGACACCUUCCUCAAUGAGCUGGUGAUAUAUUUAGCAGCGGGGACUGUGGCGAUGAUUCCUCUCAGUGGCAUCCUUUUCUCCUACUCUAAGAUUGUGUCCUCUGUUUUGAAAAUCUCCUCAGCGAGCGGCAGGUACAAAGCCUUCUCCACCUGCGGGUCUCACCUCUCCAUGGUCUCCCUGUUCUACGGGACGGCGCUAGGCGUGUACCUCAGCUCCGCUGCUACCCAGGACUCCAGGGACAGUGCAACAGCCUCAGUGAUGUACAUGGUGGUCACCCCCAUGCUGAACCCCUUCAUCUACAGUCUCAGAAACAAAGACAUAAAGCAGGCCCUAGUGAGGCUCUUCAGCUGCAGAGCAACCCCAACGUGAAGGGGGCCGCU